AUGCCUCCAAAGGCCCGCGUGCUCUUGGUUGGAACUGGAGGAAUUGGUACCAUUGCCGCACUCAAUCUUGAGCGCGGAGGGUUAGCCGAAGUCACCUGUGUCCUGCGGUCUAACUAUGAAGCGGUCGUAAGCAAAGGAAUUGAAAUUCUCUCGUGCGAACACGGUCAUAUACAUAACUGGCGGCCGACUACAGUCCUAAAUGCGGUUCCUCACGUCCGUAAAGAGGACCGUAGUACCCUCUUCGACUAUAUUGUCUGUACCACCAAGAACAUCCCGGACGUCACGCCUUCUAUAUGCGAGACAAUCGCCCCGGCAGUGACUCCGGGCCAUACAGUGAUUGUUCUCAUUCAGAAUGGAUUGAACAUUGAAAAACCAUUCCUCUCUCGAUUCCCGCAGAACGUCGUUCUCUCCGGGGUGAGCCGAUGCGACGCUCACGAAAUCGCGCACGGAGUGAUCAAACAGAAAGAGGAAGAUGACCUCCACAUUGGCGCCUUUCGCAACCCGCUUCUCGACCAGGAUACCCAGCAAAAGGCUGCGGAGCAAUUUGUGCAUAUCUACGGUGCGGGAGGCAAGACUAACGUGCGAUAUGAGCCAAACUGGGAGCGAGAUCGCUGGAGCAAGCUGGUGUACAAUGCGACCUUGAAUCCCAUCUGCGCGCUGACUGGGGUCAAUACGGGCGAUUUACAGAUUGCAGGGAGUGCUCUUGAUCGCUUGGUAAUUCCUGCGAUGCAGGAGGUGGUGAAAGUAUCUCAGGCCGUGGGGAUUGAACUACCAGAUGAUAUCAUCGAGACAACGAUUCGUAAGAACCCGAUGGAGAGGAAGAUUGCUCCUAGCAUGCAAAAAGAUAUGCAAAAGGGCAAUCUACUUGAGCACGAGAAUCUGAUCGGCGAGGUGGUUCGCGAGGCACAGAAACGAGGCGUUUCUACACCUAUCUUGUCUGUUCUGUACGAGCUCUGCUCCGCUAUUCAGUGGAGAGUGGCCAGCGAGAGAAGAAUUAGAAUAUCAUAA